ACAUUGCGCAGUCGAGAUGACAACGAAACAAAAGAAUUAAGGGCCCGAUUAAACCUCAUUCCAUCAGUAAAAUAUCUAAUUCCAUCGAGAAAGAAAUGGGAAGGAUAGAUCAUCAUCUGAUAGCUUGAAGAAGAGCUACCUUUCCUUAGAAAGGAAGUAUCCGGAAUAUACAAUGUAAAACUGGGAUUAAUUAUGUAUGCAACCAAUGUUUCUUCUUGAUUCAAUUGAGAAUUUUUUUUUAUUACGCAUCACUAAUUCUCUCUCAUUAAAGAAGUGAAAGGAAAAUUAAGUGUAAACGAUGGGCCGUGUCCACUUUCUGGCCCUGGCGGUCAUCGGUGUUAUUUUGUGUUUUCCUGGCGGUGAAGGAUUUUCUAUGACACGCCAAAGGAACUUUGCUCAUACCAUGUGUCUGUACUGUGAACCAAAAACAUGUGACAACAAGACGGGGAUUUGUGAAAGAUGUCUAACUGGGUUCUACGGCGAGAAAUGUGAAGAAACAUGUCCAAAUACCUGCUUAACGUGUGAAAAAUCUAAUGGAAGGUGUCUGUCUUGCAUUGACGGGUGGUUUGGUGAAAAUUGCAAUUUUGAAUGUGUUCACUGCUUUUCUUGUCAUAAAGAAUCAGGAGCCUGUACAUCCUGUCAGCCAAAUUUCUGGGGUCCACAGUGUCAGAAUGAAUGCGAACAUAGUUGUCACGUAUGUAACAUAGACAAUGGUGAGUGUAUCCACUGUGGUCAGGGGUAUUUUGGAGACAAUUGUACGAAACAGUGUGGGCAUUGCAGACGUGGAUUCUGCGACCGACCCACUGGUACCUGUCAGUUUGGUUGUAAUGAUGGGUUUUACGGGAACUCGUGUGAGAAAUCGUGUCCACAAAACUGCAUGGUAUGCAAUCAGACAGACGGCGAGUGCCUGAUGUGUCGACCAAAGCUGUGGGGAAGUCAAUGUGAUUACACAUGUCCUUUGAACUGUGACUAUUGCGAUGUUACUACGGGUGAGUGUUUGGAGUGUGUUGAAGGCUAUCACGGAGAUAAAUGUCAAGAAACGUGUGGACGCUGCGCUGGUCAAAUUUGUGAAAAGGAUACUGGCUAUUGUGAGUAUGGUUGCGAGGAUGGAUGGUUUGGGGGUAAUUGUAAGCAGAUGUGCAAUCAGAAUUGUUCAAAAUGUACGACAAAAGACGAAUGCAUGGUGUGCAUUCCCGGGCUUGCUGGAAGCAGUUGUGACAUCAAGUGUCCAGAAAUCUGUACCGCAUGUUCCCAAGAUAUGAUAUCUGGCGAGAUCGUCUGUAGUGAAUGUGCUUCAGGUUUUACUCAGCCUCAGAAAAACUGUUCAUGUACAAUGUCCAAAUGUACUAAACGCCCUAGAUUGGCGCAAAUUUGGGGAGGUAACCGUUGUGAAGAAUGUGAAGCUGAUUCUGGAUGGUAUUUAUCGCAGGGUUCUUGUUGUCCAUGUAAACACUGUGCUGGUGGAAAUCAGUUUUGUGCAAGCAAUGGAACAUGUCUCAAUGGUUGUGAACCUCACUACUAUCCAAAAGACCAAGGAUGUGACGUGUUUUGCGAUUUGGAACACUGUAUUUGGUGCGAACCCUUUUUUGGAUAUGGAAAAGUAUGCGUGGGAUGUGAAACUGGGUACUUUCUUGAAAACGAUGGUUUUUGUUAUUCUUGUAGCGAACAUUGCAAAGGUGGAUCAACAAAGUGUCAUACAACAACAGGUUCGUGUGUCGAUGGAUGUAAAGACGGGUGGUUUGGAGAUCGUUGUGACUCCACUUGUCAUGAUGAACACUGUGCAGAAUGCGACAAUAUUGGAAAUACAUGUUUGACUUGCAUGGACGGUUAUUACGGUGAACAUUGUUUAAAACAUUGUCCAACUAAUUGUACAAAAUGUUCCAGAGACACAGGAUUUUGUCUGGAGUGUGAAAAAGGCCGAUUUUCGGAGAGUUGUACAAAGACAUGUCCCAAUUGCUUAAAUAAAGAGUGCGAUAUUUCCGGAAAAUGUUCAUAUGGCUGUAAGGAAGGGUGGUUCGGAACCCAUUGUGACAAAAAGUGUAUGGAGGGAUGCUCAAAGUGUAGUGAGCUUGAAACAUGUGAUGAGUGUUACAUUGAAGCUGCGCUGUUGAAUGGCAAAUGUUAUAGCCCCUGUAGUAGAUGCAUUCAUCAGAAAUGCACAACUAAUGGAGCGUGUAAGCUUGGCUGUGUUGACGGAUGGCAUGGAGAGAAAUGCGACCGCCCUUGUCUCAUGGAAUGCUCAAAAUGUACCUCUAAUGACUCGUGCACAUCUUGUUUAAGGGGAUUUAAAUGGGAAGGAAACAGGUGUGUAUCCACUUGUGAAAAUUGCGUAGAACAGCAAUGUUCAGCGGAUGGAUUGUGUGAUAAAGGCUGUAAAGAGGGCUGGUUUGGCAAAAAAUGCAUAGAGAAAUGUGUUGAAGGUUGUAUUUCAUGUUCAGACGGUUUUAACUGUGAGAGGUGCUUAAGUGGGUAUCAAUUGUCGGGAAACAAAUGCAUUAUUGGCUGCAAUUUCUGUAUUGAGGAAGAUUGUGAUUUACAAGGGAAUUGUCGAUUAGGUUGCAAAGACGGUUAUUUUGGUUCCCAGUGUAAGAAUUCAUGCAUGAAGGGUUGUCAAGUUUGUGACUCUGUGGAGAGCUGCACUGUUUGUUCUCACGGAUUCCAUCUCGUUAACAACAAAUGUGAGGCAUCUUGUACAAAUUGUGUAGGUAAAGUAUGCGACGUAAACGAUGUAUGUUCUUCUGGUUGUGUAGGGGGUUGGUUUGGAAAGCGAUGUGACCAAAAAUGCAAUGAUAAUUGCGCUACUUGCAACUCAAAUGUUUGUUUGAAAUGCAAUAUCGGGUAUGAUUUAAAGGAUGGACGUUGUAUUAAAGUUUGUGGAAACUGUGUUAAUACAGAAUGUAAUACCAACAAAGAUUGUGAAUUGGGUUGUAAUUGUAAGAAAUGUGGAGCCAGUACAAAUGGUAUACCCAGAUGUACAGAAUGUCAACAGUCGCACAAGAUUCCUGAGAAAAUGUGUUCUUGUACGGACAAUAUGUGUAUAAAGUUUUCAGGAAUCCUGGACCGUCAAGAAUGCAAACAGUGCAGCAAGGACUGGUACGUUCAUUCUGGGACAUGCUGUCCGUGCUCCCACUGUCGGGAUGGAUCUUGCAACAGCACUGGUUAUUGUCAACAUGGGUGUGAAGAUGGCUGGUAUCCCAUAAAUGCUGGUUGUGACCUUCCUUGUGGGGAAAACUGCAUUUCAUGUAAACAAGGUUCAAUGCCCAAUGUUCCAUUCUGUACAAGAUGCAAAGAGGGAUAUCACGCUAAAUAUGGUGCGUGUCAAAAGUGUAGCAGUACGUGCAAGAACAACGCGUGUGAAGAAUCGACAGCUCAGUGUCUGGAAGGUUGUGUUGAGGGAUGGACAGACUUACUAUGCAAUGUUCCAAAGGAUGGAACAAAAAUACCAACCACAGAAUGCGAGGGAUCGUGUCUGACAUGUAAUUCUGCAACAAAACAGUGCAGUUCCUGCAUUGCUGGAAUGUGGGGCAAAAACUGCCACCAAAAAUGUCCCUCAGAAUGUAACGGCUGUGACCAACAAACUGGACAGUGUAUGGUUGUGUGUAGCAAAUAUUGUAAUAAGAAUGCAAAUUCGCUUUCGUGUCACAAUAUCACGGGGGCGUGCUUACAAGGCUGUGAGGAUGGGUGGUAUGGUGACCAAUGCCAGAACAGGUGCUCGCCUAACUGUGUAGAGGGAGUCUGUGAACGAACGUUGGGACACUGUGUCAAAGGCUGCGCUCCAGGAUGGAAAGGAAGCACUUGUAUAGAAUCCAGCAGGACAACAGCCAUGCCCAGUAUGGGCAUGAUUGCUGGGGCAGUGGUGGCUGCCAUAGUAGUCGUUGCAAUUAUUAUUUUAUCAACGUAUAUUUUCUGCAGGUGUAAGAAAAAGAAGAGGCUAGAAAAAGAGGAUGAUGUAUUUACAGAGAGUUCUUAUCCGUCAAUUUCAAAUAAUGGAUUUAUCUUAGAUUCUGUGAUGUAGCGUUAUACAAGUAAUACUAUCCCUGUAUAUACUGUUUUAUAUUACAUGUUGGUAUGAUGUAAAGAAAUAGAAAAUAAACCAAAUAGUACACGUGUACCUACCCACCAUAAGUAACUUGACACAUGGACGCUCAUUGUAAACCAUACAAGAGGCCCAUGAGCCUAGAAUCGCUCUUCUGAUACAUUGUAGAACAGGCAAAAAUUCUCACUAAUCAAGAUUCAUCAAUUAACAAAGUUUGAUGAUGUUAAGUCAAAUAGUACCUGAAAUUUAAAUGUAACUGUCCAAAAGUAGGUCACAGUGACCUACUUUUGGUUGACACACUGAAGACUCAAGAUGCAUCAACUGACAAGUCAAAUAGUAUUCAAAUAUAGCCGUUAAAUUCCUAAAGAAGGCCACAGUGACCUACUUUUUGGUCGACACACUCCAAAGACUCAAGAUGCAUCAACUGACAAAGUUUGAUAAUUGAAGUUAAAUAGUAUCUGAAAUAUUCAGAUAUAAACGUCAAAUUCUAAAAGUAGGUCACAGUGACCUACUCUUUGGUUGACACACUCUGAAGACUCAAGACCCAUCAACUGACAAAGUUUGAUGAUUGUAAGUCAAAUAGUAUCUGAAAUAUUCAAAUAUAGCCGUCAAAAUCCAAAAAUAGGUCACGGUGACCUACUUUUUAGUCAACACACUCUGACGACUCAACAUGCAUCAACUGACAAAGUUUGAUAAUUGUAAGUCAAAUAGUAUCUGAAAUAUUAAAAUAUAGCCGUCAAAUUCCAAAAGUAGGUCAGUGACCUACUUUUUGGUCAACAAACUAUGAAGACUCAAGAUGCAUAAACUGACAAAGUUUGAUGAUCCUAGCUUUCAUAGUGUCCAAAAUAUGCAUCUAAAAUUGAAAAUGUGAAAUUUGAAUGUCUGCAAAAUUCAAAAGUAGGUCACUGUGACCUACUUUUUUUUUUUUAUAAAUAUGUUUUGAGGCCUCUAGACGCAUCAACUUACAAGGUUUGAUGAUUCUAAACCUCUCAGUAUCUGAAAUAACAACCUAAAAUGUAUUCAUAAAUGAUUAGCCAUAAAAUUCAGAAAGUAGGUCGUGGUGGCAUACUUUUCACAUGACGCAGUUCAAGGUCCCAUGAUCCAUCAACUGACAACUUUUGAUGAUCAUAGGCUCAAAAGUGUCCAAGAUAUGCAUCAAAAUCCAUUUAAUAAUAAUUACCUGCGAAAUUCAAAAAGUAGGUCACCAUGACCUACUUUUCAGACAACAUGAUAUUAGGUCCUAAGAUACAUCAACUGACAAAAUUUGAUGAUCCUAGUCCUUAUACUAAGCAAAAUAUCAAAGUUUUAACAAAACAAAAUUUAAGGUCAACUUUGAAGUGACCUUGAGACCGCACCCUUUGCCCCAGGAUGAUGCCUUGAACAAUUUUUUUUAUUUACAACCUAUCCUCAUCCUUAUGCAUAAGUUUGGUGAUAAUUUGCCCAGUGAUUCUUGAGAAGAUUUUUUAGCAACCACUACUUUUGUUUGCAUUUUCCUAAUUAUCUCCCCUUGUUAAAGGGUCACAACCCUAAUUUUAGUACGAAUGAAAGCCCUUGGGCCAAGGAUACCCUGUGACAAAUUUGACAACAAUUGGCCAAGGGGUUCUUGAGAUAUAGCCCUUUUUCCAAAAAGUUGACGCACUCCGCACGCCAGACAUAUGAUUAGCUCUUUGAGCCUUCGGCUCAGGAGAGCUAAAAAUACUGGUAACAUGUUUGUAGACAUAGGCACAUGUACAACUAUGUACCACAGAACACUACAUGUAAUUUGCAUUACAGCUAUUCCCUCCCCCCCAAAAAAAACUUCACAUGAAUCAAUAUAUCAUUACUCCUGGAUUUCUAACCUGUCAUCAUCCAAAUUCACUGUAUUUACAUUUUUAUCUAUCAGGUAUACACUAGUUUACUAUAGAGAAAGUUUCAUGAAAUGUCUGUAAAUUAUACUUUCUAUUAAUGCGUUACUUGUAUGCUUUGUACAACUCUUUAAAAAUCCAGAGAAACAUGAACACUGUAUGUUUAGUUGAAAAAAGUCAGUCAUCAAUGUGUCGUAGUUACUGUUAGAGGUUGAUUAAUAUGAUGCACUGAGGAUUUCAUCCAGUAAUAUUUUCUUAUGUUUUAUAGAUAAAGAAGUUUUACAAAGAAA